AUCUGACCACGAGGAAAGAGUUCUACCGUUCUAAGAACGACUUAAACCAGGUGGCAACUGGCAAGAUAGAGAGAAAGGAAAUGGAAACCAGCUCGUUUCCAUUAGCCUUGGUAGUGGCAUACCCAACGCUGCUGUACAUUUCCUGAACGGCGGACGCUUUCCAGUUUCAUAUCCGAUCAUGAGUUAUGACGCGCUGAGUAAAUAAUCCUGCUCAAACUGGUUUUCCUUGCAUCUUAAAUCUUUUUGGUCUUGCCCAACGUGGUUAUUUAGUUUGCUUCUUGAGGUUUCGGCACAACAUCUCCAACAAAGGCAAUCCUUGUUGAUACACGGUGUGUGGCUGCAUCGGGACGGGCAUUGGAAACAGUGGAUGUUGUUGUUCUUCACGCACGAUUUCCAUAUGCUGCAGUUUGCAUUUGAAUAGGCUCUGCUUUACCAGUGCAACGGAGCGUGCCCGCGUGAAUGGCCCAUUUCGACACACAUCCGUCGCCGUUGAUUAGAGCGAUCCGUGUUUGUCUGCCAUCUACGCUUCAUUGACACUCGUUACACACUCGUUUUCCCACGUCUCCGUUGUCUUACGAACGAACGCAGCACACUCUUUAAUUUUUAUUCAUAAUUAAAAUUUUUCCGAAUAUUUCUGAUGGAUUGUUCGUCAUCAUGCGGAUGAUGCGUGGUUGAAUUAAUUGGCGACCAGCACCAUGGAGCGCCGUCUGUGUUCGUGAUUAUUUUCUCCAUUUUCCUCGUGCUCCAUGGACGGGGAAGCGGGAAGUCGGAAUGAGAGCGGGAUGGAGCUGGAUGAGAGUGAAGCGGGCACUACGAGCACUGUGCAGGAUAAGGCCGAGUUGACAGCUGCGUCGCCAGCAGCUGCGCGCCGCCAGAAUAAUUCCUCCGAUGACGCGCAACAUUCACUGAGUACGGCGCACGCCAGGAAGUUUUUUAUUGCCGGAGUAUCAUUCCAGCAGCUCCAGCUGUGGAACGGCGUGCUCAUGGCCGUAUCCAUUUUGCUCUGUAUUUUUCAGUGCACAGCAUCUGGAUUGUUACUUACUAAGCUGUCCCAGGACCCCACCUGGCCGGGCUCCCGUCUGCGCAUCCUGACCAUUUGGUUUCCGGAACUCCUCGGCGGCCUGGCUAAUCUGUCCGUAGCGCUGUACUUGCGUCCCAUCCUCGCGCAGGCCCACGCCCUUGCCGUCCGAACGGCCUCUUCCCCCUCCAGUCGUUCCUUUACCUCCUGGACGGGGGCGCGUGACGCCGUGGCCCCUUCCGUGCUGUUGUGGAUGGCCGUGGUGCCGUCGCUCUUCUCCCUCGGCAUGCUGGUUCUUACCGGUCUGGCCUUUUCAGUUUCUAUCCGCGUGGUGCAAGCACUGGAGGCUCUCCAGGAAGACCGGGAUCAUGCGUUGGCUGUGGUGCUGCUGUGUUUGUUAGGCAUGAUGGUAGUGUGCCGGGUGGUGGCACUGGUGUGCGGCGCUGUUCUCCCGGUGGUGGUCGGCGUGCUGGGCAGAUGCGGGCGCUGGACGGGCUGGAUGUACCCCUUUGCAGUGUUCCUACAGGAGGACGAGGAGGGGAACAAGGGAAAGCCACUGCUCAUUGAGAAAUAGAGAGUUUUUGAUUUCCUGUUUUUAUAGGAUAAUUCUGAGCAUUUGUUUUGUUGGUGACAUACGGUGUUGCCAAUACUGUUCUGUUGUGAACGUUGUGAUCUUUUUUUUCCAAUUUGCCAAUAUGUUUUUUUUAACCAUUUUUAACGGGGUCUCUUUUUUAAAUUGGGUUUGGUGCGCUGGUUUUGGUGAAAUUUUGUUGUGA